UCGAUGGGACGGAUGCAUGAUCGAUGAAGCUCACGGAACAGACGGUUGAUUUGUCAACAGUUGCCCGCCCAUUUUUACCCGAUUUUGCGGCGCUUUUAACCGUAAAUCGGUUAAAAUGGUUUUCGAAUCACUUGUUGUGGACUUACUGAAUCGUUUUCUCGGUCAGUAUGUUGAGAAUCUGGAUGCGUCGCAACUGAAGCUUGGCAUUUGGGGAGGAGAUGCUGUUCUUGAAAAUUUGGAUGUGAAGGAAGGGGCCCUGGACGAGCUUGACUUGCCUGUCAAGAUCAAGUCAGGUCAUCUGGGCAAGCUCACCCUAAAGAUCCCAUGGAAGAACCUGUACUCUGCCCCCGUGGAGGCAUCCAUUGAGGGCCUUUAUGUCAUUGUUGCACCCAACACAGAUAUCAAGUAUGAUGCAGAAAAGGAUGCAAAGCAGAAGUUUGAGGCAAAGCAGAGAAUUCUGCAGCAUGUGGAGGCUACCAAACAGAAGGAGAAAGAGAAGGAAGAAGGCAAAGAGAAAAACCCUAAAGGUGACUCCUUUGUGGAAAAGAUGGCCACCCAGGUCAUUAAGAAUCUUCAGGUGAAGGUGGCAGAUAUCCACCUGCGCUACGAGGAUAAGACGACCAAUCCUGACGCUCCAUUCGCCAUUGGUGCUACCCUGCACAACAUCUCACUCAAGACCACAGACACCAACUGGAAGGAGUGCUUGGCAGAUGCCUCAACAAAACUCAUUUACAAGAUGCUUCGCCUGGAUUGCCUGUCUGUGUACUGGAAUUGUAACAGCGAGCUGUACUCUGGACUGGAUAGACCCCAGCAGCAGGCAAAGAUGAAAAACACCAUCACUGCAGAUCCCCAAAACACCCCAGGCGACUUCCAGUACUUGGUGGAGCCAAUUUCCCUGAAGGCUCAGCUGAAACUGAACACCAAACCAGAGAAUGAUCUGUCAAACCCUAAAGCCUGGCUGAAUUUAGUCAUCGAUAGCAUUGGGCUGGCCUUCCGCAAGAAACAGUUUCGUGAUGUCAUGCAAAUGCUGGACUCAUUUGAGCGUAUGUCCCGCAAUGAGCCAUUCAGGAAGUACCGGCCAACCAACCCCUUGAAAGGCAACGCCAAAGUCUGGUGGCACUAUGCCAUGAACAGCAUUCUGGAGGAGACAGUGCGGCGACGACACAAGAUGUGGUCCUGGAAACACAUCAAGGAACAUCGCAGGAUGCUCAAGGAGUAUAAACAGCUGUAUGUGAAGAAAUUGGACACCAGUAAACCGGGAAAGGACUUGAUAGCCAAUCUGGAGAAAAUUGAGAAACAGCUGAGCGUGAUGAACAUCACCAUGUGCCGCCAGCAGGCCGAGGUGGAGUUCCAACAUCUGGGCAAGAAACGGGCCAAAGAGAAGGCGGAGAAGGGCUGGUUCGGGGGCUGGUUUGGGGGAGGCAAGAAAGCGAAGGCCAAGAAGGAAGGGGGUGAUCUGGAAGACAUUGCAGGUCGCUUCCAAGAAGCCAUGACUGCUGAGGAGAAGGCCAAGUUGUUUGAUGCCAUUGGCUACAGUGAAAAGAGUGCUGACCCUGCCUUCCCCAAAGAGUACGUGGGCGUCCAAGCUCAUUUGAAUCUCAAGAGCACCAGUGUCAAGAUCCUGGAUGAGGAACGCAAGAAGCAACAACUCCUGAACCUGUCUGUCACCGAGCUGAUGGCCAAUUUCAGCCAGAGGCCAGCUGCUGAAGCCAUCAAGCUGGAGGCCAAGCUUGAUGACUUCAGCGUCUUUGGCACACCUGUGGAGGAAGGGACCAGCCCUCAGAUGGUGGAAUCCCAAAGCCUGGAGGCAGACAAGAAGUACUCCCUACUCAGCUUGUCGGUGGAGACCAACCCAAUGGAUGGCAAGGCAGACCAGAGGAUCAGACUUAACGCCAGGCCCCUCAAGAUUGCUUAUGAUGCGAACACUAUCAACCAGAUAGUAAAGUUCUUUGAGCCUCCAAAGGAUGUCCAUCUAGAUGAUCUAUCAGCAGCAGCUGUGUCUUCCCUUGGAGAUUUCACCGUGCAAUCCUCCACUGGCCUGCAGUACAUAGUGGACAACAAGAACAUUCUAGAUGUCAACAUUGACAUCAAGGCAUCCUACGUCAUCAUUCCAGAGAAUGGAAUCAAUGAUGGGCGUGGCAGUGUUUUGAUUGUAGACCUUGGUAAUUUCAAGAUGGCUACAGUGAAUGAGGAGAGGCCAAAAGGGCCGAGGAUGGAGAAUGAGUCUCUAGAGGAGUUGAUGAAGAAAGCCUAUGACAGGUUCCAGAUCGAGCUACAGAGUGUGCAGGUGAUCCUGGCUGCUGAAGGUGAUGAUUGGCAGGCCGCUAGAGAACUGAAGGGAUCUCCACUACACCUUCUACAGCCGUUGGACUUGAAUGUGGGACUCAAUAAAUGUAUGGUGGAAGACUCCAGGCUUGCCAAGAUCAAGAUAACGGGAGAACUGCCCGAUGUCACAGUGGAUGUGUCUGACUUCAAACUCCAAGAAUUGCUGAAGCUCGGCUUGAGCAUACCACUUCCAGAGUCAAGCCAAAAAGAGCCAGAGCCAAAGUUUGCUCGGGACCAGCUACCCGUCUCUCCUAGACUGUCCCCUGUCCUUGCUGUGGCGUCUGACUCGCCGGACGGCCCUGUCGUUAGAGAUCCCAUUGUUCCAUCGGACCGACCAGUCAAGGCGACCGUGGGUGAAGGAGGAACAGCCAAGCCAACGCUUGAGAAAAAUGAAAGUAUGGCGGACAUGCAGAGGACCAACUUGGAGCUCCAAUUUGAACUCAAGAAGGUUGGGCUGAAUCUGUCUCAGCGCUCUUCCGGAGAAGAUAAACCCCUGAUCUCAAUUGCCAUCCAUUCCUUGGGGACCCAAGUGCAGAUGAGGCCAUGGGAUAUGAAUGCCAGCGUGUCACUAGGCAGUGUGUCAGUACAGCACAUGCAAUUCCAAGCAUUGGAUGGUGGGGACCUGUAUCUCGUCCGGACACCAGCUUAUGAGAAAGGCACCGACAGACUGCUGUCCAUCAAUUAUCAGAAGGCCGAGAAGAGCAACCCUGAGUUCUCCACCACCUACCAGUCGACAGAGCAGAACAUCACGGUGAAGUUCACCACCCUGGAGGUUGUUGCCCACUCAGAUGCCAUCCUGAACAUGACUGACUUUGCCGACACCCUUGUGGCGAGUCUGGACACGGGCAAGAAGGAGGAGCCUGGAGAGGCCAGCGAUACAGAGGAUGAAGGGUACCUGAGUGAGGAUGAGAAGAAGCCUAAAGGCAGGAGGGUCAAGAAAGUGAAGCCUAGUGAAACGAUUGAUGUCAAAGUGACAGCUAACCUGGAUAUCAUCUCUCUUGUGCUGUGCACAAAGGACACAUGCCUCACUGAGGUUUACAUCAAAGGAUUGGAAGCUGGUGUGCUCCUCCAGAAACACGUGACGACAGUCACUGCUUCCCUGCAUGACAUCACUGUCACUGACCCUACACCAGGAGCUCUGCAUCCUAAGAUUGUCUCCAUCGUGGAUGAUGAGGUAUUCAAGGUCAAGGCCGAGCUGUUCAAUGGAGCUACAGCAGCGGACAGUUACUCUGACAUGAGUGCCGUCGACAUCCGUGUUGGGCUGAGCAUGGGCAGAAUGAGGGCCAUCUUCCUGAACAAGUUUGUCAUGAGACUGUUGUCAUUCGUUGACCAGUUCUCUCGCGCAAAAGCAGCGGCAGCCGAAGCCAGUGCCAAUGCCGCAGCUGCUGCCAAGAAGACUGCUGAGAAUCUGCAGGAGCGCUGCGUACGCAUCGCCCUGGACAUCGUCAUCAAGGCUCCGCUCAUCAUCAUCCCCAAGGGCUACACCUCCGACAAGGCCCUGGUGGCAGACCUAGGCCAACUGCUGGUGCAGAACUCCUUCAGCAUUGCCGCCGGCACAGAAGGCAGGGAGCUACCGGCCGUACUGGAUAAAAUGGAAGUGGCUUUGCAGUCAAUCCAACUCUCGAGGGCCAUCCUGGAGGGAGGACGUAUCAAGUCAGAGGUGCUGAUGCUAGAACCCAUGGGCUUGAAUGUGGACCUGACUCGUAACCUAGCAGCCAGCUGGUACCACCAUGCCCCAGCGGUGGCUCUGUUUGGAAAACUACGAACCAUCAAGGUUUGUAUUGGCCCCGACGACUUUGCCCUGAUGAUGGGCAUACUGAAUGAGAACAUAGCCGAAGGGCAGCCAGACACACCUAGCGAGGAAUCCCCAGCCGCAUCCGGUGGGAAAUCCACAGCAGCAGGAGAAGGUGUGACCGCUGAGGCAAAGGCGGAGACAGCAAAGGAGCCUCAGUCGGCUACCGCACCAUCAGAGACUACCGAGGAGCCUUGGGAACAGAUCUGUGUUGAUUUUGAACUGGAAGGGAUCUAUGCCUCCCUGUACACUGGGAAACUAGACCUGCGUCCAACUGAAGGUCGUCAGGAGCGAGUUGCCCACGAAGCCUUGGGCUGCUUUGCCAUCUGUCACCUCGGUGUCAAGGCCAGCAUACAGUCCAACCAAGCCAUCACAGCUAGUGCUAAACUGGCCAAGAUACUUCUAGAUGACAUCCGGCCCGGCAGAGGGGACGGUAUCACAAGGAUGCUUGGUUCCCAUGGUGAUGAUGCAGACGACAUGGAAACCAUCUCUGUCAAGUUUGAACAGAAAGCCAACCAGGACAAAAACAUUGAUGCAUCUGUGAGGAAUUUCCAUGCCUGUGUCUGUGCGGAAUUCCUGAUGACUGUGGCCGAGAUCUUCACCAAGGGCUUGGAGGAAAGCCAGGUGGUCAAGAAGGAGGAGAAGAAGAAACCCAUCAAGGCGGUGACGCAGACUCCCACCAACACCCCCACAGGGACCCCAGAGGCCACGGAGGCCCCACCAGUAGGAGUCAUCACCAUCAAGGCCUUGCUGGAUAAUCCUGAGAUCGUGCUGGUGGCAGACUCCUCCAAGAAGGACACCAAUGCCUUGGUUUUGAGGACCCUGGGAGAGGUCAACAUGACGCUUGCAGGCAAGACCAUGUCCAUCAAAGGAGGUCUGCAGCAACUGCGCAUCAACGCAUGCCCCUACCUGGAAGACCAACGCAAAGGCAAAAUGACCAAGGUUCUCAUACCUUGCAACGUUGACUUCAACCUGAACACCCCAGAGGGCAAAGGUCAGCACAUCAGCGUAGUGAUCGAGCAGCUGGCUCUCAACAUCAGUCCAGAGGUCAUCAAAGUCUUGAGCUCUGUCAGUCAGACGUUGGCUCCUCCCAAGACUGAAACAGCUGAGGAGAAACGCAGUAAGGCCAUCGUUCCAGCUGACCUGUGGGAUGCCAAAAAGAUUGCAGAUAGUAACUUCUGGUUCUUGAAAGAUGAAACUGAAGAGGCUUUGGAUGUGAACACACUCCUUGAGGAGGCCGUGGUCGGUGCGGUGGAGCAGCCCAAGGGAGAAGAGCUGGUAGCGACUAUCAACAGCAUCGUCAUCAAGCUGGAGGCCAGCGUUGGCAGGCGCACUGUCCCCAUGCUGACAGUGGAUGCUAGCAUGGAGGCAGUGGUCAAAGACUGGUCAUCCAAGUUACAUGUGGAUACCCACAUGACCGUUGAGAUUGCCUGCUACAACGAGAAGGCUUCAGCCUGGGAACCUCUCCUCGAACCCCUAGAAGCAGAGCCUGGCCAGCAUAAACCCUGGGACAUCAGUCUUGAAGUUGUCAAGAAUGAAGAUCUGAUAGAUGUCUCCUCUGUAGCAGCAUCCGGGGAGACAGAGGACGAGGAUGAUAGUAUACACCUGGCACCUCCUGUCAUGACAGUCACCCUGUCAUCCGGCAGCAUGCUACAGUUGACCAUGACCAAGACGUGCAUUGAGAUGCUGACCAAUUUAGGCAAGGCAUUUGGUGAGGCGAUGUCUGACCCCAACACAACUAUCAAAGACGACAGUGUAGUACAUGCCUGUACAGUAAUCAACCGCACUGGCCUGUCACUGGUAGUCCAAGCUGGAAGCUACUAUGCUAUGCCUACAGGAGCAACAUCAGAUGGCAAAUACAGUCUGAAGAACAAUGCCCAGGUGGGGCUGUCCUUAGCAACUGCUGCCAUGGCAACCAUGAAGCAAAAGUCUAUCCUCAAAUCAGGUGAAACUGAUCUGAAGAGAGAGUUAUCAAUCCAGAUUGAAGGAUACCAAGAAGUAUCAGGUAUUGCCAUAUACCGGGCUGGCAAGGUCUUGUAUAACCUGACGCCAUCUAAGAAGACCUCCUCGGCAAUUGUCAUUUCAGUAGUGCUAGACGUUGAAGCUCAUCUGGAUUCCAGAACAGUCACCAUCAGAUCACCGCUUCAAUUAUUCAACCACUUUGAGAUGGAUGUGGAGAUCUAUACCCGCGUCUCCAACUGGACCGAGAAGCUGGGUACAGUCAAGGGGUCAGAGACAUUUGUGGUACCCCUCAAUGUGGCUCACAGUGACCAGUUAUUGAUCAAACCACUGGACAAAAGCUGCGAUGUUGAGUACAGUCUGUGCGAUGCUCCCGUCAUGUGGCAAAAGCUGUGGGAGGAGCUUCAGAAAGGUCAGGGGAGUGUCACCUUCAAGUGCCCCUGCAAGACGGAAGGCUACACUCCUUUUUUCAUCAAUAUUGUGACAGAGCCUGACACCAUGCGGUUUGUGCACGGCAACUCACUGACUGCACCCAAGUUCACCCUACAUCUCUACCCAGUUGUGAUUCUACACAACCUCAUGCCAAUACCUCUGGCGUACACCUUGGCAGGCUCAGGAGUUGAGGUGAAAGUGAACCCUACGGAGAAGUCCCAGUUAGCCAAUGUGGACAUGGGCAAGACCAUGGUUAUGAUAUCGCUUCUGGGCUAUGCGGGCACCGACUGGCGUGGUGAGAUCACCCUCAGGCCAGGCUUGAAGGAGUUCUUCCAGUUAGGCUCCAAGGGUGGGGCGUCCAAUGAACUCUGGCUGGAACUGGGUGUGAUGGCCGACUACAGCGGUGGCUACCUGGAAAUGGCCAUCUUUGCCCCCUACUGGCUCAUCAACAAAACGGGACUGUCUCUAGCUUACAAGGCAGGCAAUGACGUAAUCGAGCAUCCACCAGACAAGAAGGAGCCUAUCUUGUUCGCAUACCCAACCAACAAAGGCUUCAGCCCUGGGAAGAACAAGAUCUGUAUGAAGGUUGGUGAAUCUAACUGGUCUGACAAGUUCUCUCUGGAUGCAGUGGGCAGCACCGGUUUCAUCUCGUGCAAGACAGACGAAAAAACCACUGAGGCCCAAGGAACUGGUGCUUCAAAGCCAAAGAAAUACAGCGUGGGAGUGCAGAUUCAGCUCAGCAAUUUUGGCAUGACCAAGAUCGUGGUCUUCAACCCUCGCUACCUCCUGAUCAAUCAGACGGAGUUCCCCAUCCGCUGUGCAGAGCGCUAUCAAGAAAAGCUGGUUGAGGUUCAGCCCAAGGAGUGUAUUGCCUUUUGGCCAACGGACAAGAAGAACAACCCCAUGAUGGUGGUGAUGGCAGAGGACUCCACAGAGAAAUCCCUUCCCUUCCUCUACACAGAUCCACACACCACAGUCCUCAAGCUGGACUCUAAGCUUGGUGGUAUCAUAGUGGAUACCUCAGUCACUGAGACAGCAACUGUUGUCAGUUUUGAAUCCUUCAGCAAAGGCAAUUUCACGGUACAACUGAUCAACCAUACAGACAACAUGCCUGUCAAAUACCACCAGAUCAAUGUGAAAGAGGAGAAAACUUUACGACCAGGAGAAGCUGUCUUGUACACUUGGCAGAAUCCAACAGAAAAACGGGAACUUGUCUGGAAUGUCGGGGAAAAAGACCAUAGGAAUGACCUGAUUAAGGCAGCAACAUUGGAGCAGUCUGAUCUGGAGUUGGUCUUAUCUCUACCAGGUAUUGGUCUGUCACUGGUCAACAACCUGACUAGAACUGAAGUAGCUUACAUUGGCAUUAUCAGCUCUGGUAUCAUCUGGCAGAACAAGAUACGUCGGCGAUGGCGCGACAUGAACGGCAAACAGAUGAAACUCUUGGAAGAUGGCUACCAGAAGGCGCAGAAUGAACUAGUCACGGACAAAGAUGCCCCGCCUAAACUCACCAAGCUGGAGAAAGACUUUGAGGUUGACUUCCGCGCCAUGACCAUGAAGCAACCCCAGCACAGGCCGAUACGACGCACCUAUCACACGGGCAUGUGGGCGCAGGUUCGCACCUCCAAACACCAGCUGCAGGUUCAUGUCAUGAUCCACCGCAUCCAGAUUGAUAACCAGAUGCCGGCUGCUAUCUUCCAGACGGUCCUUGCUCCGAUACCACCACCUAAGAGUGUCUCUGCAGAGAGCGUUCCAAAGCCCAUGAUUGAGUUCAGUCUGAUGAUGCGUGAGUCAGAACACAGCAAAGUCAAACAGAUCAAGUACCUCAAGUUGCUGAUUCAGGAGAUGGCUGUCAAGGUGGACAUUGGCUUCAUCACCAGCUUGGCGGCUGUCUUCCAGAGUGGACAGGAAACCACAGGCAUGGAGGAGCUUGGCCCAGAUCCCUCAGUAUGUUUAAAGUGGAUGGAAGAUGACUUGAAGGUGUGCACCACCACCUUCAUGGAUGAAGAGGCUGUCAAGGUUGCUCUAGCUGGAAACGUCAACUUCUUUGAUAAUUUCCACCUGUCGCCCCUCAAGACCCAUGUCAGCUUUUCCCUGUCGGACACUGGCGGAGAGAACGAUUUAUCAGCGGUCACCAAGAAGGCAUCUGUCCAGCAGAAUGCCAUGAGGCUCAUCCUGCAGAGUGUGGGUGUCACGCUCACCAACAUCGAUGACGUCGUAUUCAAACUGGGCUUCUUUGAGCGAGAGCACCAGUUCUACAGUCAGCAGCAGCUACAGUCUGAGAUUGUCAGCCAUUACGCCAAUCAGGCCAUCAAGCAGCUCUAUGUACUGGUACUCGGCUUGGAUGUCAUUGGUAACCCGUUUGGCUUUGUGCGCGGUGUACAGACUGGUGUGGUGGAUUUCUUCUAUGAGCCAUACCAGGGAAUCGUCCAAGGCCCCGAGGAGUUUGCCGAGGGGGUGGCUCUAGGCAUGCGCAGCCUGUUCGGUCAUGCAGUGGGUGGUGCAGCUGGUGCUGUGUCUCGCAUCACCGGCACCCUAGGCAAGGGCCUGGCAGCGCUGACCAUGGAUGAGGAGUACAAGAGAAAGAGGCAGCAGGCAAUCAACCAGAAACCGGCCACAUUCCAAGAGGGUUUGGCCAGGGGUGGCAAAGGCCUAGUCAUGGGCUUUGUGGACGGCGUGACGGGUGUGGUCAAGAACCCCUUCCAAGGAGCCAAGAAAGAGGGGGCCAAGGGGUUCUUCAAGGGCGUUGGCAAGGGUCUAGCUGGUGUUGUGGUCAAACCCACAGGGGGCGUCAUUGACUUUGCCAGCAGCACCUUUGAAGGCAUCCGCAGGGUGACUGACAUGAGUGAGGACGUUGUCAGGCUGCGUUUCCCACGCUACCUGCACCUUGAUGGCAUUGUGCGUCCAUAUGAGAAGCAUGAGGCAGAAGGCCAGAACCUGUUCCAUCAGAUCGACAAGGGCAAAUUUUCCCAGACAGAGGACUAUGUGGCUCAUAUGUUGCUGACUGCAGACAAGAAGCAUUAUCUUGUGGCCACUGACAAACGCCUGAUUUUGACGAGCAAGGGAGAGGUCCUUGGUCAUUGGAAUGUGGAGUUUCAGUACCCAUACAAAGACCUGAAGGACACACCAGCCCUGACUGAGAAAGGUCUUCAAAUCAUAACCAAGGAGGAUGCGGAAAAGGGCAAGAAGAAGGGAUUUGGUCUGGGCUUGCUGAAGGGGAAGUCAGGACAGGGAAAGAUGGUCCAUAUCACCGAUAGGAAAGAGGCUGAGUAUUUUAUCAGCAAGGUGAAAGAGGCCAUGGACAAGGCAUUGAAAGCUACUGAGUGAUGCCAAAGCACCAUAAGGAGUGCAAGUCAGCGAGUACAGAAAUACAUCAGAUGGUUUAGCAAGAUGCCCAAGAUAGGUCAGUUUUAGGAAUUGAACUGGUCAGUACUUACAAAAAUGGUUCUUUGUGAAACCUGCAAACUGCUCCUUUACUCAUUUAGAUUGAAGGUAGCCUGCUUUUGAGUUUUCAAACCAAAGCCCCUCCAAAUUCACGCGUAGGAAGUAUUGUUAACUGUAUUCUAUCAAGAUAUGAGACAUUCUUAAAACAAGAUGGUGUCAGUAACCAUGGAACAGAAAGCAAUGCAGUCCAGCUAUGCAGACAAGUUGCUGUACAUAAAUCACCAAAUCCAGAAGUUAGCCAGUAAUUAGAAUGUUACAUUCAGAGUUCCAAGGGAAGACUUCUAUUUUACAGUUUGUAGUGGCCCUUGCUUGAUCAAGUGAUUCUAUUUUCCUAAGGUAAUGCUUGAGGAACUGCAGUUGUGCCUCUUGUGUCAAAUUUCAACAUCCUUUGGAUAAAGAAAUGCCAUUUAGUUCAGCAAGAGAUUUGAUUCUUCUAAAUGAGUUUUGGCCACUGUCCAACAGUUUUAACUGGUAUCCAGUUCAUUAUUAAGACUGUUAAUUAAAAGGUUUGCUGUAGCACUAUGCAAGAAUAUCUCUUGUAUGAGUAUGUUUGGUUCUGAAAAGAACUGGGGGGGUACUCAACGUUUCAGACAGCAUGCUCUGUCCGUCGUCAGGAGACUGUAGGGAUCCAAUGGUGAAGCAGCUUACAGUAGAACACCCAUAUAACGAACAUGGUGGGAUCUGCACAGAAUGCUUGGUAAAGCGGUCGUUUGGUAUAGCGAUUUUCAGUCACAGAUGCACACUUCUGUUUUGAACUCUAGCCCAUAUCCAAAUGUGUGCCGCCACCCGCCCCACAAAAGUUUGGUGUGGGGAUAUUGGGCAACACAAGAAAUAAAGUUAAAUAAAAAAUGCUGAAAUUCUUGCAUUUUGUUCAAUAUAUGUUCAUCUCCUUUCAUGUUUCACUUUUAAGGUAGUUCUCACUGGAGGUGGAUUUGUGAAAUGAAAUCAAGUUUUCCUUGAGUCGUCACUUACAAUUCACAUGUAACAUGUAGCAUUGUUACACUGGUUUCUGUUGGUAAACUGGCACUUUAAUAAAUGGGCCGUGCUUGGAACCAUUCUGAUACAGCAGCACUGGAAGUGCACAUAUGUCUAAGUGGGCAUACAAAGUAGGCAACGAAAUGUCAGGCAAGCAUUUUUGAAAACAAUCUAAAUGUGCGAGGUAUAUAUGAAAGAAAUAAAAAGAAAAUGCUUGCGUUAAUUUGGGCAUUUAUUUCAAUUUUUUAAAGGUAAAAUUUGCCAGCUGUGUAGAGAUUAUUAUUCAGAGUUUUCCACACCAGAGUCGUCAGUGUUGCAUACACAUAUUCGGCAGCCAGUCUGUGUACCUGGCCAACUGUGGACACACGCACAAUACAUACAUGCAAAUUUAGGCUACCCAUGAACGACUGCACCAUGGGUUGGCCAUUGUUCCAUCUUGAGUCCAAUUUUCCUCAUCUUAGAGUUAUUAUGAUCAGUUCUGAAUAUCUUUUUUUUGUUCGGUAAAUGUGCACAGAAAUUUUGGGUGCCAAGGGGGAUGUUCGAUAUUCCCGAAUAUUCGGUAUAGAGGUGUUACAAUGUCUGGAGGCAGUGAAGUGUGGAGGGGAUACUAACUCUGGAUGGAACCCAAGGGUGUUCAAGCAGAACAUGGGGUGUUUGGUGAUCAGUGAGGUGUGUCAGUCUGAGGGAGGGGGGGGAGAUUGUGCAGGGUACAGGAAACCCAUACGUUGGAACAUGUCCUAGGGUGUUGGAGACUCACUGGAUUAGGAUGUGAGGAUGUGGCUGAUGUUCAAGGAUAUCAGUGGCUCUGUGAUGCAGCACGGGUACCAGUGCUCAAUUUUGGUGAUGUGUUCAACCUUGGCUCCUGUUGAUCUGGUGGUCUUCUGUGUGGGAUUGUUGAAUGAUUGAUGACUGCUCAAAUUCUCCUUUCCUGCCAUGGGCUCUGUGCUCAUGUCUGAUAGGCAGGUCCCUGCCAGUCUCAUUGAUGUACACUUUGCCAUAUUGGCAGGGGAUUCUGUACACGGCAUGGUGCUACAGCAAACCUCUUACUUAAUGUCUUAUUCAACUGGUUACCUUCAUCAUGAAAAGCUUCAAAGCUCCUCAUUGAAACUGAUCAAUGUUAGAGGUGUCUGUUUGCAUGGUUACCAGUUUUCAAGCAGGCAAAGCAGGGUAACAUCUCAACUUUAUACUUUGAACAUUUGUUUCCCAAAGAUAAUUUUCUGGCAAUAAUUUUAUAAAUUUAUAAGUGAGGUAGUGUAGCAUUUUUAUGUUUGAGGCCAGACAAAAUUUAAACCGAAGAAACCAGUGAGUAAAAAGGGUGAGCUCUGCUUACAGAGUUGUAAAUUUGACUCUGAGAGCAAUACCAAAGGUCAAAUAGGUAAUAAAUUUCAUGCAUCUGGCAUAGAAAAAUGGCUGCUAGCUGUCAUUCCACAGCAUGUCUUGUUGAAAUCCAUAGUAAGUUUAAUUGUUUAUGUAUGCCCCAAACCUUGGACUCUUUCCAUAGCCAAAACUUUGAUACAAAUGUGGAAAAUAGUGUUUUGCACUUCUGACCAAAAAGGGGACGUUGUAGCCACGCAAUCCCACAAUUUGUCCACACAAAUUCCUGGUCUGUGCACAUUGAAAUGGAAAUUUGUCAUGGCCAUGAUGCCAUUGCAUGCAGUUACGACAGCAAAGCCAUUAUAUAUGCGCCACUGCUAUAAACUGAAUGAUAAAACUGUCCAACUUCAGGAGGUUAUUUCUUCAUUUGGGAGGGUGGAGUGGGGAUGACCUGUAGGAGUUCUCUGGCAUUGUAUCACGACCACUUCUGUAUCGAAAGUAAUUGUGGGUGUGGUUUCUUGUACCUUGAUGUCACAAAUUAUGUAAAUGAGGAUGCUGAUUUGCUUGGACGCAAUCACUGUCAAUAUAUUUGUAACAAAACUGGGACAAGACCGAGUCUGGUUUGGAUCACAUCGGAAAUUCUGUAUACCAAUAACUACAAAUGGACAAUUUGAAAACCCCGCUGAUCCAACCUUAUCUGAAUCUGAUGGAGAUAGCAGAAAACAGGUGGACUUUUGGACAUUUGAGAGAAAUUCAAGGAGAGCAGAAACCACACUGAGACAGCUUUGUGAUUACUCUAUGAAAGAGGAGAUGUUGCUGAUACUAAUUCUUUGAUGUAAUCUUGAGCAUGUUGAAUAUAUUCUGUCAAUGUAAUCUAGCAUAAAAGUAUUACAAGUGUUGAUAUACUGUUAAUGACCCGUGUAUGGUAAAACUAUGAAUGAUAUAUACGUGUAGUGCUAUAUAUAAGUACUGUUGGUACUGUCCUAGACUAUAGCUCUCUUCCUAUUCAAAAUUUUUUUUUGCGUGAAUCGUAGUUUAUCAGAUAUUGUUCCAUUUUAUUUGGGGGUGGUUAAUGCAAUCCAAGCAUUUGUACUCCACACUUUCUGCAGUAUAAGGAUUUGGUAACUUUUACAGUGCCAACUUCAGUUGCAAAUAAAAUUUGCUAAGCUUUUAGAUUUUCCAUUUCUAAGGGGUGAUGGACUCACCUGCUUACUAUUUAAAUUGAAUUAUAGGUUGCUUAGACCUGAACAUUGAUUAUUAGGUCAUUUGAAACACAUUUGAUUUUCAUUAGCUUGUCAGCAUUGUAUGAGAUUCAUUAAACAUACCAAUCAAAGAAAUUCAUUAUUAAACUACAAAAAGUGUACUGCAUCCUUGACUUGCAAAGCAUAUACAUCAGGGGUGUCAGAAUUCAGGUUUUUAGCUGAUUUCAGCUAUUUUUGUUUUGAUGUUGACCCUGAAUUUCAGCUUUUUCUGUACACCUGGUCUUUACAAAAGUAUUGGAUCUUUUUACAUUUCAGCUUUUUGCUAGCUGUUUUUAGCUUUAUUUUAAGUGUCCACUCACACCCCUGAUACAUGGAAUGACACUUCUAAGUUUUCAUAUACCCGAAUCCUUCCAAUUGCAAUUUAAAAGGAGAGUACAAAACGAGAUUGUUUUCCGUUAGACUGAAAGGAGGGUUGUAACAUUGCUGUGCAGCCAGUCAUACCUUUUUCCUGCAUAAUUGCUGUCAUUUAAGUUUGUGUUAUUUAGUAAUCUUUUCAUAAGAUAUCAUUCUGUAGGUUUUAGAUCUAUAAAGGAUAUGCUUUUGUGUGGGCAAAAUCUCUUAGAGUAGAUGUUGGUUAGGUGUCUCGAAGCUAUGGAACAUACAUUCAAGUGAAGCUAGCUCGUGUAUGAGUUGGUGAGGGAAAUAUGUUUACUUUUAAAGUAAUUAAUUUGGUGUCAUUGUUUUGGGGUAUAACUCGUGUCUCUAACAUUCCUUGUUUGUCUGGUGCAGUAUUUUUAUGUCUGUACAAGUAGUUAUUGCACAUUAUUAGUGUUUCGUUUGACUGAAAUGUAUAUUUGCAAUUCUUUGUAACAGUUUUAUUCACUCCCAGCCAACUGCCUUUAUCCAAUCAUUGUGGAUUAGGCAAGGCACAGUGUAAAGCUAGGGGCUUUGUGUAUGUACACAGCCUCAGCCCGGUUGCAAAGAGACAGCCAGGUGGACAUUUAAUCCUCUGGUGCCUCCUACACAGACUCUAUGGAUUUCCAGAUGAAUGUCAGUUGUGCAUACUUUUCAGCAUCUGCCUAUGGGCAGGCGUGCAUUCAGGGCACACUGGCCCAAUGGGAUGUCCUUGCUUUUAUGAGCAGAACCCACGGAUACCAGAGUUCUUGUGCAACCUUGCUCUUGAGGAGAGCAUAAUGAGGGCCAAUGGCAGAUGAUGCACAGGUUUAUGGUGAUUAGCCACUUAAAACAUGUUAAGGCUGAAAAGAUUCCUUGUUUAUUUACAAGACUGAUUAUUCUAUUGUGAAAGCUUUAGAAAAAAACCUGUAAUCGUCCUGUGAAGUUUUGUUGCCAAGCUCAAAAGAAAAAUGGAGGUAACAGUUCAUGAAAUAAAGUAAUUUGUGUUAUAAAACACUGUAGUAAUUGUAAUAAUCACCCCUCUGUCAAAUGAAUUGAAAAAUUGUAUGCCUGCACAUGUGAUUUUUAAAAAAGUAUAAGGCAAAUUAAUUUGCCUUUAUAUUUACAUGUAUGGUUUAAACGGUCGAAACCUUUUUUGUUAGCACUGGAUGAUGGUACCUCUUUAUUGCUUUGUUGCCUACUAUUGCCACAUUGAACAGAAAGAAUUAGUUUUUUAGGUGAAAAUAGAUUGAUUACUGUUGAUUGAAUGUAUUGAGCUUGUGGCAUUGUCAUGUGCUUCUGUGGAAAUCACUCUGGUGGUGUCUCUUUAGUUGUACUUGGAAUUGAAUUGUGCAAAACGUUAGUUUUAAUCUGCCGUGCGGAAUCACUUUUUAGAAUGUCAGAUUAUGAGUUUGCUUGUGCAAUUAAGCAUUUAUGCUAUGUAUUGUAACAAAAAGAAGAAAAAAAGAACAGAAAGUUGAAGCGAUGGUAGUAACAGGACUUAAUUAAAAUUGUAACUGUGUCGAAGAUUUGAGAUGA